ACCUUUCUAGGCUGCCAGCUUUCUAAAUGUCAAAAAAGGCGCAGUGGUACACCCCGGUUGCCCGAUUGAAGAAUAGGGAGCAAGUAUGGGAAAUAAUAGAAAGAAAAGGAUGGAAAAGCGAAAAGGUGAAUACGGAAAAAGAAAUUUCGUAUUUCGACGCGGCUCCGCGCUAUACACAUUUGUUGGAAUAUGAUCGUUAUUUCGCGUUCACAAAAGCAUUUCCGUUGUGGGAUCCGAGGAAACCGAAGGAUAAUAGAAAGUAUUUGCCUACCGUACGGGAAAACAUAUUUGAACAAGAAAAGGAUAAACAUGUACCGGUGCUGACGUCACUCAAUUACGGGAGGCCAACCCUGAUUCCGUACGACGAAGUUGAGGGCGCUCUUAAAAGAUCACACGCCACGUCAGAUUUCUAUAGGAAACGUGGAGUUUUCGACGCCGAAGAAUACCCAGCGGGGAAAUGCUAAUUUGUUCAACCCGCGCCUUA